AUGUCAACUUCGAUAAAUAAUGAUGAUAAAGAAAAAGAUGAUGAUGAAAGUAUAAAUUAUGAUGAAAUUGAAGAAUAUCUUUCUAAUGAUAAUGAAAUUGAUACACAAAGUAAAAUAACAAUUAAUUCAAAUGAAAGAUUAAUCACAACACAAAAAUCAUGUAUUACACAAGUACAAAAUGUUAGUCUUUCAUUAGAAAAAUCCUCAAUGAAUAAUGAAGAAUAUUCUGAAAACGAUAAUAAUAAUAAUAAAUCAAUAACAUCGAUUUUAAAUGUUAAAACAUCGAAUAUACCUGGUCCUGUUGGACUUUUACCGAUAUUAAAAACAAACGAAGAUAUACGUCGUUUAAAAGAAGAUAAAGCAGCUCGUAAUACACUACCUACUAAUGAAGACAACAGCAGUGUUAAACGACCUAAAACAUCGUCUGAUCUUUUCAGUUUAAAUAUUAUAAAUUAUCCAUCAUAUGCAAUAGCACUUUAUCAAUUACAAGAAACAUUCAGUUGUGAACCAAUUAGUAUUCAUACAGCACUUGUUAAAGCUCGUCUUGGUAUUAAAAAACGUAUUCCACUUAUGUGUGCAGCUGUUACACACUAUGAUCGACAAGAAAAUACUAUUCUAUUAGAUAAAUCAGGUCAUAUUCGAGCAACAUUCAUUGGUGAUGAUGAAUUAUUAGAUAGUUUUAAUAUUCGUGUUGGUCAUACACUUGUAUUACGAAAUGUAGCAGUAUUUACAUCAACACGUCAUAGACAUCAUUAUGUUAAUAUUCAUUUACAAAAUAUCAUAGCAAUACAAGAUCCAUUGUGUGAUGUAUUUAAUAUGUCAUUAAUGAAUCAGGAUAAACCAUCAAAAAUAAUAUUACAUUCAAUUGAAAAUGAAAUAUCAGCAUAUGAAGAUUCAUCGAAAAUAAAUAAUGAAACAUUUCAAUUAUUUUCUCAAUCAGAUAAUGAAGAUAAUGAACAACCACCAUUUAAAAAAAAGAAUAUAGAUUUAAAACCAUCGAAUAAUUCAGCUUUUAAUCAUAUUAAAUCCAAUGUUAGUUCAUCAUCGUCAACUACAAAUAAAUUUAAAGAAACUUUUAAUCCUAAACAAUCAGUUCAACCACAAAAAUCUGUAAUAUCUACUGUUAAUAAAGUUCCUUCUAGUGCCGCUACAAUUACUCCGUCAUUAUCAACAUCUGAAACUAAUCUUCUGCAAAUGAUUGAAAAACCAAUCGAUGCAGAUUUUAAUCCAGAAGAUUUUGCUGAUGAUGAUUUCUUUUCAACAUGGUAG